AUGACGCAAUCCCUCAUUGGAAGGAACAUGCUCAUCGAACAGGUUCUACGCCUCUUCCACUUCCUCAUUAAGUUUGGGUACUACUCACCCGACGACAUCAAAAAUCUGCUGAAACCUCUUAUCAACCUUCUAAAUGGGAAAAACGACAAACCUUUUCUUCCUGACGCUGAAAAAGGAUCCUACUCGAAAGAGUCUCACAAAACUGUUCUUGCCUUCAAAACGAAGGAUCGUUUUGAGGCUAACAUCAAUGCGGAGGCCAUUGUGAAUGCUAAAUUUCAGGCUUUGGAAGUUCUUGAUUUGUUAUUCACAUUUCAAUUCAACACGAGACUGGAGUGUUUCAUAGCUAAGUUUAAGACAGCCGAAUUGACAACAAUCAACAAAAAGUCCAAAUUCCAAAGUGCCCUGUGUCCCUUGUUGGAGGAGAGCUUUGAUGCCUUUGAUCAGUCAAAGUCGUCGAUAGCAAUCCAGAAGAAAGCAGUGAAGGAGCUGAAAAACAUGUUUGACUUCACGGCAUACUUUGAUUCUGAACAAAUCACAUCGAUAUUAAUGGACUUGACGUAUUACAAAUACGACAAGAUGGUCAACAAAGCACUUGCUCUCAUGAACAAAUUCUAUUCCGCCAAAACAAAACUUUUUAAAAGUGCCGUUCAGGCUAUGGUUUUAAUCACAUCGGAUUCCUGUCACGUGCACAGAGAAAUAGCACGCACGAUGCCAAUCCUUCGACGGUUCAGCAAAGCGAAACUGAACGAAGAUCAGGUGAAAUCGUUAGGUGCAGUUCUGGAUAGGUACACAGAGUAUGCUGCUUUUUUCUUUGUAAUUUUGCAGCUGCAAAGUAGCAAAAUGACAAUAAUUCCGGGACGUUUGAAAAAAAUGUAA